CUUCAAAAAAUAAAAUUGAAAAAAAUAAUUCUAAAAUUGGAAAAGUUGAUAAAGCUAUCGAUGAACCUGUUAACAACUUUAUAGAAAGAGUUCCUUCAAAUUUGACAGAAGAAGAUUUCUUACCUAGCAUUAAUGAAAUAUUGAAACCGUCUGUAACACAAAGCAGCCAUCCUAGUAAAGAAACAAACCUUUUACAUCCUAAAAUUGUUGAUACUGAAACAAGUAUUGAAGGAAGUAAUAGAAAUGAUGUACUUGCAAUUUUAUCAAUUAUUAACGGUCAAGAGUCAUCUACCCCACCACCAAAUAUUACCAAAAAAAAUUCAUCAGAUGUAUUAAUGCAUUAUCAGCAUACAUACGAAACAGAAAAUGAUAUUCGACAAUAUCCAUAUGUCCUAAUUGAAAGUGUCGAUACAAAUAGUUCAAGUACAAAAGUUAUAGAACAAUCUAGCGAUUCAUUUUCUACUGCUACUACUACAGAUAAUACUGAAUUUUUACACGAAAUAAAAAAAAGGAAAAACUCAGAUGUAUCAAAUAACAAGAAGGGAAAACAAAGAAUGCAAUAUUCUCUGACUGAAGCUGAUCUUGAUGAGCAUAAAUCAAUAUCAUCAAAUAGCGAAGAAUUGCAAACAAGUGGUAGGCUUAUUGCAAAAGAUAAUUUACUCAAAAGCUACUUGAAA